AUGGCACCAAGAGGAGAUCCCAACAAGAGUGACAUCUGGGGGAACACCCCUCUGCACCUCGCUGCAGAUAACGGCCACAUGCACAUCCUCAGCUUUCUGGUGAACUUUGGAGCCAACCUCUUUGCCCUGGACAAUGACUUCCACACAGCCAUGGAUGUGUCCGCUUCUCGGGGCCACAUGGAAUGCGUGCGCUUUCUGGACAAUGCUGCGGCACAACAAACCAACCAACACCCGAAAAAGGUUGCCAGCCUGAAGAAGGAGGCUCAGAAAGAGGCAGAGAGGCGAAUGAAACUCUGCGAGAAGGUAAAGAAGAGACACCAGAGCAAGAGGGACAAAUUACAACGUGGCUCGGUGUCCGAGGCGAGCGUGGGAUCGACACACACAAACGAAGAGCUCAUGAGCGGCGUCAACGAGCAGUUCUCCCAGCUUACUGCUGUGGAUAAAGUUGGAUCUCUCAAAGGUACACUCCUGAAGAAGCUAGCAAAGAAAGACAAGGGAACUCUGCAGAGGUCAGGAGGAGAUGGGAACGUCGUCUUUCGCAAACAGGACAAUGGAAUGUCUGAUAAACCAGAGUUUCUAGAUGUCUUCAAUGAAGAGGACGAGGAUGAGUUUGAUGAAGGAGGAAAGGCAAUGUAUGAUGAUGAUACCGAUGAUGGUGUCAAAGAACCAGGCCAGGCCAAGCAAUCCAUCUUCAAUCGUCCUGGCUUUGGAGGUCUCAUGUUCAUGAAUAAAAUGAACGUAGAGUCAGAGGACACUCCCCGUGACAACAACGAAAGUCUUAGUUUUCUUGUUCAGAAGCAGCUCGAGACCGAGGAAGACGCAGCUGGCUUUGAUGACGCUGGUGAUGCNGAUCUUCCUUGGGACCAGGAAGAUCUGGGACUGGAUGACGAUGAAGAGGAAGAAAGCUCACCUUUAGAUGUAUUUCUAUCUUCCAUUUCUCUGCCACAGUUCACCCUCGCUUUCAGCAGAGAGCACUUAGACCUGGAGGCGCUCAUGCUUUGCUCCGAUGAAGACCUGAAGGGCAUUCGCAUCCAGUUAGGACCCAGGAAGAAAAUCUUGGAAGCUGCUGCUCGCAGGACGAAGGCACUGGAGAAUCCAGGCGUCAUGAAGGACAGCUCGCUGUGA